ACGAAGACCACGUCAGUGAAUUCCAUUAUUUUCUUUCUUGCUUAAAAAUUGUCAGAAAAUGGAAAUUUGAGCAACGUCUGAAAUCUCGUCGUACUCAUCGUCUACAAACUCACCGGAAAUCUCUUUCAUCGGUAGUCAUGCGUUGAUUCACGAUUGAGUCAGUUCUGUUGUUUAGUGAGGGGACUGAUGGGCGCGCCAAAGCAGAAGUGGACUGCCGAAGAAGAAGCAGCCCUCAAGGCUGGAGUGCUUAAGCAUGGGACUGGCAAAUGGCGAACUAUACUUUCAGAUCCUGAGUUUAGUGCUGUUUUACAGUCACGUUCAAAUGUAGAUCUCAAGGAUAAAUGGAGAAAUAUAAAUGUCACAGCUAUAUGGGGAUCUAGGCAGAAGGCUAAGCUUGCACUUAAAAAGACUUCACUGACCCCCAAGCAUGAUGCUCGGGCUCUGCUGACCUCUAAACAUGAUGCUCAGACUCAGAUGACCCCUAAGCAUGAUGGUCAGACUCAGCUGACACCUGAACUUGAUAAUAAUCCCAUGGCUUUGAGCACUUUACCUCUGAAUCAUGAAGAAGUUGUUGAUGCUAAGCCUCUAGCAAUAUCUGGAGGAACAUUCCGACCCCCUGGUUCCAAAGAAGCUGUUGCAAGGUUGGACAAACUUAUAUUAGAGGCAAUUGCCAAAUUGAAGGAGCCACAUGGUUCUGAUAAGGCUUCAAUUGCUAAUUACAUAGAGAAGCAAUACUGUGCACCUGAAAACCUCAGAAAGCUGUUGACAACAAAACUAAAGCUUAUGACAGCAAAUGGCUCAUUGAUGAAGCAGGUAAAGCAUAAGUACAGUAUUGCACCCAGUGUAGCAGCUUCUGUUGCAAAAAGGCCUCCCAAGUUACUCUUGGAGGGAAGACGAAAGGUUUCACCCAAGCCACAUAAAAAAGACAUCACGAUUCUUACCAAGUCCCAGGUUGAAGCGGAUCUGUCAAGGAUGAGGGGCAUGACAGCACAGCAGGCUGCUGCGGCUGCUGCACAGGCGGUAGCAGAGGCAGAAGUUGCAAUUGCAGAGGCUGAAGAGGCUGCUAGGGAGGCAGAGAAAGCGGAAGCCGAAGCCGAAGCAGCACAAGUAUUUGCACAAGCAGCAAUGAAGGCACUGAAAUGUAGGACACUUCGAGCCUGGUGAAGUCCUUCAGUUUUUGCAAUUAUGAUUCAAUGCAUAAAUGGAUUUGAAGACAGAUGAGGGUGCAGCUCAAAUAAUUUACUGAAAGCAUCAUCGGGGCUCAAAAUCUAUUGUCAUAGUGCCUGUGUGAUGUAUAAAGUUAGGCUUGUAAAUCCUGAAAUUGAUGGGGCAUGUGAAAGAAAUUAAAAUCAGCGUCUAGCGUGGAGAUGGAUAUACAAUCCAACUAUUAUAUUAUGUGAUGAGGAGAAUGGUAGUCUAAUCAUGUACUGUUUCAUAUAUCAAAAAUCAAAUUUUUUGUAUUA